CGUAGUCUGUCGGGGCGGCAGUGACGGGGGGGCUUCGCUUUAUGCUGUCGCCUCAUCAUCUGUAAGGGGGAACAAUAAACAGCGUCUGAUGAAAGCAAGUGUCUGUUUUGGUGGGGGGGAUCUGCCAUCCGAAACCGACCGGCUCUGUCUGCGUGAAAUAGGGAAUGAACGACGAGACAGCAUCGGACAGCUGGAAGAGAAACUCCGGGUGCUCCAGUAUUGAGCAAAUGCUGGCUGUGAAUCCCGGAAAGACGCCCAUCAGUCUGCUGCAGGAGUAUGGAACGCGGAUAGGCAAGACCCCAGUGUAUGACCUGCUGAAGGCCGAGGGACAGGCCCACCAGCCCAACUUCACGUUCCGCGUCUCCGUCGGAGAGAUCAGCUGCACCGGCCAGGGGCCCAGCAAGAAGGCAGCCAAGCACAAAGCAGCUGAGGCUGCUCUGAAGAUGCUAAAGGGAGGCCUCGGAGGUCCUGCCGGAGUUGGUAUUGGAGUAGACGGGUUUAUUGGGGUUGAUGUGUCUACUGAUGCAGAUGGUGCCCAGUCAGAGAUGAAGACCACAGGCACUUCACAGCAGUCUGAAUGCAACCCUGUAGGGGCUCUGCAGGAGCUGGUGGUGCAGAAAGGAUGGCGUUUGCCAGAGUACACAGUCACUCAAGAGUCUGGUCCAGCACAUCGCAAAGAGUUCACCAUGACCUGCAGAGUGGAGAGAUUUGUAGAAAUCGGAAGUGGUACAUCUAAGAAGCUAGCCAAGAGAAACGCAGCAGCUAAGAUGCUGUCACGCAUACACGAUGUCCCCGUAGAUAUGAGGACCAGCAAUGAUCCUGAUGCCGAAGAUGAUACAUUUACUGUGGAGCGCAGUCUCAGCGGCCUGUGUCAGUGUCUCGUGGAGCUCUCCACGCAGCCAAUCACCGUGUGUCACGGCUUCGCCCCAAACGUAGACGGCGCCCGAGCCAACGCGGCCCACAAUGCACUGCAGUACCUCAAAAUCAUGGCAGGAGGGAAAUGACGAGCGUGUCAGCCCCCCCUCCCUCACAGACUUGAACUCACCACUACAAAAUGCCAUCAUAAAUUUCUACUUUGGAUGACGGAGGCACUUUUGUGAUGAACUCAAAUAACAUGAAUUACCUCAAAUUUAGAAAUGAAGACUCUUUAUGCCCCGAGAUUUUUUUAAAAGUCCUAUUGAUGAUGCCAAUGAAGAUUUAGUUGCCCCCCCCCAAAAAAAACCUCACUUGACAUUUACAAUAUUUAUCACUAAUUAUGUAUUUUUACUUUUUUAUAUCACCCUAGUUGUUUUCAUCUGAAUUUAUAAAUGGUGCUAUCGUGGUAAACUCAACGUUGCAAAUAACUUGAGAUAAAAUUCUGAUGCCGUGAAACGACCAGGGCGUGAAAGGGGUCUGAAGAAAAUGGAGUGGAGUCAUCCGUUCACUGCUGCUUUGUUAAAU